AUACCUCCUUCGAGCCUUUAGGCUCGAAGAAUCUCACAGGUCAAGACAAAGCAAAUAUGAACUCGUAGUCGGAGGACAAGAAACAUCCGGCAGAUUUAGACAAAACACUCCCAAACAGUGACAAAAAGAAUCAGAUAGAACGUCCAUAAAUGAAAAUUGUAAUUGCCGAGUAUUGUUAGAGUGAACUGUUAGCUGGUGAAUGUGAUGUCACGUUGGACCCAGCUCACGGGAGACCAGACACAGCGGAUGCAAGUGUGCGGCAGAGACCCGGGAGGGGAGGGUGACACGGGCUGGAAGGAGGACGGGGCGAGAAGCCGGAUCUGUGGAGGGGACGCGGCAGAGGCGGUGCUGGGACAGAAUCCUCCUGGUGGACAAAGACGUGGUGCUGUGACUCCACGAGGACAGCGUGUUCCCAGCAGGGAAAAUAAACCAACAGGCACGCUCAGACAUGCCCCAGGAGGUCACACACAGCGGAGACAGAGAGCAGGUGCAGAAAUACCCAGAAGGGAAAGCCCAAGUGCUGGCAGGAAUGGACAGACGGACCGACGGCAGUCUUUCAAACGAGGGUGAGCUAGAACAGUCUGAUGCCAGCCAAGAGUGGCGGCACGCACGGCCCACGAUACGCACCUGACAUUCCCGUCGGAGAAGUUCUUUAGGAAGAACAAAAGCUAUCAUAAAGCGGGGUCUGAGGUGCUGGAAAGAGGGCAGUCAGAGAAAUUGAGUUGGUCAUGCUGCUGGAGUGGUGGUCCUGUACGGAGUGCACGCUGUUCACUGACCAGGCUACGGUGGACCGUUUCGGCAAGGAGCACGUGGUCAUCAUCCUCAACCACAACUUUGAAAUUGAUUUCCUCUGUGGGUGGACCAUGUGUGAGCGGUUUGGUGUGCUGGGGAGUUCCAAAGUCCUCGCAAAGCGGGAGCUGCUUUAUGUGCCCCUCAUCGGCUGGACGUGGUACUUCCUGGAGAUCGUGUUCUGCAAGCGGAAGUGGGAGGAGGACCGUGACACCGUCAUCGGGGGGCUGGAGCGCCUGUCCGACUACCCCGAGUACAUGUGGUUCCUCCUGUACUGUGAGGGCACGCGCUUCACAGAGAAGAAGCACCGCGUCAGCAUGGAGGUGGCCAUCUCCAAGGGGCUGCCCGUCCUCAAGUACCACCUGCUGCCCCGUACCAAGGGCUUCACCACGGCGGUCCAGUGCCUCCGAGGGACAGUCGCAGCCGUCUAUGACGUCACGCUGAAUUUCCGUGGCAACAAGAACCCGUCUUUGCUGGGAAUCCUCUAUGGGAAGAAGUACGAGGCAGACAUGUGUGUGAGGAGAUUUCCUCUGGAAGAGAUCCCACUGGAUGAGAAGGAAGCGGCUCAGUGGCUUCAUAAACUUUACCAGGAGAAGGACGCCUUGCAGGAGAUGUACAACCAGAAGGGCGUGUUUCCGGGGCAGCAGUUCAAACCCCGCCGACGGCCGUGGACGCUCCUGAACUUCGUCUGCUGGGCCACGGUCCUCCUGUCUCCUCUCUUCAGUUGCGUCUUGGGUGUCUUUGCAAGUGGCUCGCCUCUCCUGAUCCUGACGUUCCUGGGGUUCGUCGGGGCAGCUUCCUUUGGAGUCCGCCGACUAAUAGGAGUAACUGAAAUAGAAAAAGGCUCUAGCUACGGAAACCAAGAAUUUAAGAAAAAGGAAUAAUCACUGGCUGUGAUUGCACAUACAUAACCUGACGGUGGUAUCCAAUUAACUCAUUAAAAACAGAACAACACACAGA